AUGAAUUUGGCAGUUCGACGUUGUGAAUUAAGUUUCCUGGUACGCAAGUGGCUUCAUGAGUUACCGUAGGAUUAACCAGGCAUUUCUAAAGGUUCAAAAACAGUUUUUUGGAAGAAAACUGCCAUAACUUAGAAAGCGGCGGCUGCAAAAUUUCUGUCAUACUAAAUUUCUUUGACAAUCUUAUGGGUAGAAAAAACAAACAAAGAAAUACUACGAAAGGGUGAGGUUCAAAAAAAUGAUGAUCGGACAUUGUCUUUUUUUUGUUUAGAACGCUCUAAGAGGAUCCUUUGGAUUAAUGAUUUCAUAUAACCACACCUUAUUCAACAGAAUAAAUAUCAAGUUUUUGAUGGAUUUGUGGACUUUCGGCCGCUAUGAGCAAUAUACUUGCUUUUUUGUUCAGUUUUGCUGUUUUUGUUGGAUGUUCCCAAGAUUUGAAGUUGAAUACCAUAACCGAUGGAAUCGGCACGUCUUCAGAAUUGUUGGAGAACAACCUGCAGUGCUUAGCCAAGCAGAAUAACAAGAUUUUCGCGUUUAGAAUCUAUAAUGACGGUCGAGAUGACGAAAUUGGGUACAAAAAUGUAGCGCUUGCUUACCGUGAGUUUCUAUCGACUAAAAAAAUGAUGGUCUAAAAUUUAAAUAUCUGUCUAUCGGCUGUGAUGGCUGGAUGGAGAUUUGGCAUGUAUUUUUUUUAUUUUGCUGCGACAACCCCACAUUAUUUUCCCGACUGACUAGUAAGGAAAGUAAUUUUGAGUGGAUCCAAAAAAAUAUACAAUCCUCUGUAAGCUUGUCCUCGCAGCUCUUAUGUCGUAAAACACGAAGAGAUUGGUCCUAAUUGCAGAGAAGUUCCAAGCUGAGUUUUACGUGGUUCCAAAGAUUGAUCCAACUGAACCGGCGUUUCGUCAAGUCAUCGCGAUUUACAAUGCCGCAAAGAGGCAUGGAUUUACUUUCUACAGGAUUUUCCUCAAAGUGACUGACCCAAUGAGGUGGAACAAGGCGAAGCAAGACAACGUGGCCUUCAUUAAUCAGUUUAUAAAAGAAGCCGGGGUAAGAUUGAGAUCCCUUCGCGGCCAAUAUUCGAAUUAUCGGUUGAGCCUGAACUCCCUUUUCUGAACUCUCUCCCAAUCUGAAAUGUCCCCUUUUUCAACUCUCCCCCAUUUUGAAAAUUGAAAAAGCGAGGUGUGACAUGUUAUACGAUGAAUUUUUUUUUCAAAUUGAGAAAAAUGAAUGUGUGACAUGUUAUACGAUGAAAAUUUUUUUCAAAUUAAGAAAAAUGAAUGUGUGACAUGUUACACGAUGAAAUUUUUUUUUAAAUUGAGAAAAAUGAGAUGUGAUAUGCUGUACGAUGAGAAUUUUUCUCAAUUUGAAAUUUGAAGAAAUUUGAAAUUUUUUUUUUAAUUUGAAAUCUCAACUUGAAAAAAAAUUUCAUCGUAUAAUAUGUCACAUAUGUCAUAUUGUAAGUUGGACCUAUUUUUUUCAAUUUUCAAAAUGGGGGGGGGGAGUGUUUAAAAGGGGGAGGAGUCAUUCAAAUUUUUAGGCCUGGAACAUAACUGUUGGGCUUUUUACCAGCUGGUACGACUAUUAUCUGAUUACUGGAAACUCAAAUACCAUUCCUGAAUCGCCUCUUUGGUAUUGGAAUACCCUCGGAGUCGGACUGAAUGCCGAAACUCAACCGAAUGUGAAUGAUUUUCGUACGUUUGGCCUAUUUCGCAGAGCUCCGUUUGCCAAGAUGUAUGGACUUGAAGAAAAUGUGUGCGGAGUGGUUGUGAACAAACAUGUGUUUAUGAAUGGACCAUUGGCACCUGGGCCGAGUGUUGCUUCCACUAACCACACUUGA